ACGGCUGGCGGCUGCGAGCCUGCGACUAAGCAGCGACGGCGACGGCUGGUUGACUCGCUCCGUCUCCCGGCGACGCCCUCGUCGCCUCCGUGCCCCGGCGACAUCCUCUCUCGCGGCGUCGCCUUUCCCAUCGACGGCCCCUAUCCCGGCGACUCCCUCGACGCCUCCUUCCCCGACGCUCUCUCCCCCGGUGAGGGCCCGCCCCCUCUCCCGGCGAAGGACCUUCUACGACGCCCCCUCUCCCGCCAUGACCCAGAAGACGCCAUCGACAGGCAACUCUUUUGUUCUCAAAUUUGUCCUCUUAUCAAUUAUCUCAUUGAUCCACUGACCACUGAGGAUGUAUGCAUUGUAAAUCUGAUAAAGACAGGCUGUCUCUCUGCUCUCUCGGAGCUUGUUCUGAAUAAGAUUACAAUUUAGGAGCUUAUAAUACGGUUAGGCUUGUAAUGUAUGUGAUCUGGUUACAAUAUAGGCGCAGAUGUCAUAUAUGAUACCCGAUUCUAUGAUUAACUAUGUUUUUGAGGCUAAACGGUAGGGGUUCUGUCUUUUCAUUAACAUUAAGAUAAAGAAUCAAGUGGUUACAGCCUAAUGAGAGAGGGAUAGGGGAGGUAGGGUUCCAGCAGCCAGAAGUAGCUCUGGCUUUACAUCAGUUUCGGCUGAGCUUCAUUAUUUGGUUGAAGUUAUGGAACACACUUAUUUGACGCAUUGUUGCUGCUUGAAAGUUUACGCCAUAUCUCCGGAUGCUUGCAGCCAGGUUGGAGUCGACCCACGUCUCUGACGGCUUCUGCGCCCCCCAGUUUGAGCUCCCAGAGCCCCUGACAGGGAAAAUCUGGACACUGGAUGACUUCGAGGCCAGCCCUGCUUUGCUGGUUAUGUUCAUAUGCAAUCACUGUCCGUUUGUAAAACAUCUGAAAAAUGAUAUUGCUAAGCUCACUUCAUUUUACAUCGAGAAAGGACUUGCUUCUAUCGCCAUAUCCUCAAAUUCAAUUGUCACAUAUCCCAAGGAUGGUCCCGAGUACAUGGCUGAGGAGGCAAAAUUGUUUAAGUACUCUUUUCCUUAUUUGUAUGAUGAGUCCCAAGAAGUUGCUAAGGCUUUUCGAGCAGUUUGCACACCAGAGUUCUACUUGUUCAAAAAGGAUGAGCAAAGGAAAUUUGAACUUUUUUACCACGGGCAGUUUGAUGAUUCAAGACCCAGUAACAAUGUGCCAGUCACUGGAAGGGAUUUAAGCCGUGCAAUCGACUGUGUACUUAGUGGCCAAGAAUUGCCUUUCUACCAAAAACGAAGUGUCGAGUGCAGCAUCAAGUGGCACAAGUGAACUCAAACCAGUAAUAUCAUCAGCAAUUGGACAAGAAGCUGAGCAACUGAGCAAGCAGUACUUCCGUGCAAACUUUCUCAGCUCAUCGGGUUAAAAUUUGCAAUAGACUUAGCUAGUGUACUUUUUUUGUACAAUGAAUGAAAGAAAUUUGUCCAUCUUAUUCUAUUAAACUGAAACACCUAAUACAAGUACACUGUUACA